AUGAAGCUAGAACCAGGAAAGCAAUUUACUAGAAACAAAGGGCGAGAAUUGCGUGGCUUAAGGAUGUUUGGCCAUUUAUUUAGGGAAAGGAUUUCUCUUGAGAACCAAGUAGAGGUUGUUGAGUGUCCUUCUCGUGAAGAAAUAAGAAGUACUCUGUUUACCAUGAGUAAUCAUAAAGCCCCUGGGCUGGAUGGAAUAAUUAAGCCUAUCCUCCCGUCUCUUAUCUGCCCUACUCAAGCGGAGUUUGUCUCUGGUCGGAAUAUUCAGGAUAAUAAUGUUUUGGUCCAAGAGAUUAUCCACUCCUUCAAUAGGAAGAAAGGAAAAGAGGGUUUCUUCGCGAUCAAGAUAGAUCUAGUUAAAGCUUAUGAUAGGUUGAGUUGGAGUUUUAUAGAUCAUGUUCUUGGUUGUUUUGGCUUCCCUCAAAAGUUUUGUAGUUGGGUCUCUCAGUGCAUUUCCACCGCCUCUCUCAACAUUUGUCUUAAUGGUGGUCCGGUUGGCAAGAUCAUGCCUUCUUGUGGUCUCCGCCAGGGUGACCCGUUAUCCCCCUACCUUUUCAUUUGCGCAGCGGAAGUGUUAUCUAGGCUUUUGGAAGAAGAGCUUGGGAAGGGAUUUAUUAAAGGGAUAAAGCUAAGUAGGGGGGGCCUGGUGCUCACCCAUAUUUUCUUUGCUGAUGACCUCAUAUUGGUUGGACGGGCUAACAUAAAUGAAGCUAAAUCGUUUUGGAAUUGUCUUGAGAAGUUCUGUUCGUGGUCUGGGCAGAAGGUUAAUAAACUUAAAACGUCAAUAUUCUUUAGCAAAAAUACCUCUCCUGGUAUGAGAAGAGGAAUUAAAGAAGCUUUGGGUAUAGAUACUCCUGAGGGGGUUAUUAAGUACUUGGGGUUGCCUCUCUUCAGAUCUAGACAAAAAGAUGUUGACUUUAAUUUCAUUCUUGAAAAUCUUAUGUCUAAACUUCAGGGGUGGAAGGCUAAAACUUUGUCAAAAGCAGGCAGGGCUACCCUUAUUAAGUCUGUAGGGCUAUCUUUGCCCAUCUAUGCUAUGCAGACUACCAAAUUUUCUAACCGCCUUGUGAAUAGGAUUGAUGGUAUGAUCCGCGACUUCUGGUGGGGCUUUGAGAACGGGAACCAUGGUCUUUAUCUCAGAGCCUGGGAUAAACUUUGCCUCCCUAAAUCUCUGGGAGGACUGGGCUUUCGGAAAACAAAGGAAAUGAACCUUGCCUUUUUGGCUAAGUGGGAUUCUGAUUCUUGGUUUUGGAAGAAUGUCGUUAAAGCCAGUGCAAUCCUCCGAAAAGGGGCUUGUAAGAGGGUGGCUGAUGGAAGAGACACUAGCAUUUGGAGGGACCCCUGGAUCCCUCACUUGAAAGGUUUCAUUCCGAAACCGAAUGGAAGUAUAGGUACGGAUAAUAACUGUGUGGCUGAUCUCUUAUCUCCUUGGGGUGGGUGGGAUAUUCCUAAGCUAAAAAAUCUCUUUGAUCAUGAGACGGUUUUAGCUAUUCUGAAAGAUGGUACCCCCUCGGGAAUUGGAAAAAACAGUUGGAUAUGGACGUUGGAGAGUAAUGGGCGUUUCUCUUGUAAGUCGACAUAUCUGGCUCAGGCUUUGGAGAGAGCUCCCCAAUGUAAUGUCACCCCAGCUCUUUGGAAUAAACUUUGGAAUAACAACAUUAUGGAGCGUCAUAAGGUUCUUUGGUGGUGCAUCCUCUCUCAAGCUCUCCCCGUUCGUGCAGUGAUUAAAAGAAGAAUUCAGAUUGAGGACAUUAGCUAUCCGUUUUGUGGUUUGGGUGAGGAAACUAUGGAACAUCUGUUUCUUACCUGUGAUGUGGCGAUGCACUUGUGGCGUUCGUCACCGUGGGGAAUCUUUCUUGUGAGUGAUACUGGUAUCCGAGUUUGGGAUUGGGUGAAGUUCAUUUGGAGCCUUAAUAGGAGGGGCAUCCGGGUUGAAGAUGUCUUUCUUUAUGCUUCUUUUGUUGUUGACAAUAUAUGGAGAAUGCAGUCACAUACUUCUCUCUUGCCUAGUCCUUCGUUGCCUGUGAAGGAUUGCUGGAUGCCUCCACCUCUGGAUUGGAUAAAAUUGAAUUGUGAUGUUCGCGUGGGCUUGGAGAGUAUGUGCACUGCUGUUGUGGUUAGGAAUCACCUGGGGAGGGUGAUUUCUAUUCACACAUCCCGGUUGGAUUUCACGAAGGCUCUUUGUGGAGAAGCGACGGCCUGUUGCUUGGCGGUGUCUGUUGCUUUGGAUCUAAAAGUUCUUCCAGAGAGGUUCGAUACUAAGCUUUUGGCAAUGGACGAAGCUAAAGACUUUAGCACAAUGAAGGUGAAAGCUAGACUGGUAUGUUUGAAUAAUACCACUAAACAGGAAGAAUCAGAUUCUGAUGAUUCUGAGAUCUGUGAAGAGUCUCUUGCUGAUUCUGAUGAAAAAUAG